UACUCGACGAGCACCCGGUUCGGUCGCGCAGUUUGCGCUCGGCCGCACGCGCUCUCCCGCAUCCUCGCAACUCAACUCGCUCCUUAUUUCGAUCGCGCAUCAAAUACAACCGGUUAACACUUUCCGGACAUUUUACAUUUAUUUACGAAAUUCUGUGUAUAUACUAAGGAUUUUGUGUCAGAAACAGUUGUUGUAAUCAAACUACUUGUGAACCUUUCGUAACACCCUGGCCACUUCAGCGCUGGUGAGUCGACUGCCCGGCGGGAGCACAGUUUCUCCAGAAUCGAUAGCAGAUAUCCUCCCCUCCUCGACGUGUCUUCCUUCUCAAGGUCACAGUGGAGGAUUUAAAGGAGAGUACGGGUAUUUGUGAGCGGAUGAGGCGACGGCGCCUGGCGCCAUGAGCUAGCGAGCAUGGGUGGCGAGGGGGCGGGCCGCGGCGCCGCGCGCUGGCACGUGGGCGACUCGCCCCCGCGCGCGCCCAUGGGCUUCGCGGCGCCCGCGCAGGAUGGGCCGCUCGACCGGGGGCUCGCGCCUGCGCCGGCGCCCGUGCCCGCGCCCGCGCUCGCUGGCAAUGCCGCGUUGCAGCGGACGCACUCCAGGUCCAUGUCGUCACUACCGCCGGAGCCGUUUAUGAUGCUCCGCGCGAAAGCGCUGAGCAAGCGGGUGAUCAUCAAUGUUGGCGGGGUGCGGCACGAGGUGCUAUGGCGCACGCUAGAGCGGCUGCCGCACACACGUCUCGGUCGCCUACGCGAUUGCAACACACACGAAGCCAUCACGGAACUCUGCGAUGACUACUCGCUUCAAGACAACGAGUACUUCUUCGAUAGGCAUCCAAAGAGUUUUAGUUCUAUUUUGAACUUCUAUCGUACGGGAAAGUUGCAUUUAGUAGACGAAAUGUGCGUGUUGGCCUUUAGCGACGACCUGGAGUAUUGGGGCGUGGAUGAAUUAUACUUAGAGUCCUGUUGCCAACAUAAAUAUCACCAGCGCAAAGAGCACGUCCACGAAGAAAUGCGCAAAGAAGCCGAGAGCCUACGACAACGCGAGGAAGAGGAGUUCGGUCAGGGUACUUGUGCUCAGUACCAGAAAUGGCUUUGGGAUUUACUUGAGAAGCCAACCACGAGUAUCGCCGCAAGGGUGAUCGCGGUGAUUUCGAUCCUCUUCAUCGUGCUGUCCACGAUAGGGCUCACUCUGAACACGAUACCUCAAAUGCAAGUAUACGACGAGAAAGGCGCACCCAUGGAUAACCCGCAGCUGGCCAUGGUCGAGGCUGUGUGCAUCACUUGGUUUACGCUCGAAUAUGUGCUGCGAUUCAGUGCCUCGCCGGAUAAGUGGAAGUUCUUCAAGGGUGGACUCAACGUAAUAGACUUACUGGCUAUUUUGCCCUAUUUCGUAUCUCUCUUUCUACUCGAAACCAAUAAGAACGCGACGGAUCAGUUUCAAGAUGUACGUCGAGUCGUACAAAUUUUCCGUAUAAUGCGAAUAUUACGCAUUCUCAAACUCGCCCGACAUUCUACUGGGUUACAGUCACUCGGCUUCACGCUCAGAAACUCUUAUAAAGAGCUCGGGCUGCUUAUGUUGUUCCUCGCGAUGGGAGUGCUUAUAUUUUCCUCAUUGGCGUACUUCGCCGAGAAGGAAGAACCAGGGACUAAAUUCAUUUCCAUUCCGGAAACGUUUUGGUGGGCCGGCAUCACCAUGACCACAGUCGGAUACGGUGACAUUUACCCCACGACCCCGUUGGGCAAGGUCAUCGGCUCAGUUUGCUGUAUUUGCGGCGUGUUGGUAAUUGCGUUACCCAUCCCCAUUAUUGUCAACAAUUUCGCCGAGUUUUACAAGAAUCAGAUGCGGCGGGAGAAGGCGCUCAAGCGGCGAGAGGCGCUGGAACGUGCUAAGCGCGAGGGCUCCAUCGUUUCCUUCCAUCAUAUUAACUUGCGUGAUGCAUUCGCCAAGAGUAUGGACCUCAUUGAUGUCAUCGUCGACACAGGACACAACUUGUCGCAGGCGGACGCAACUAGCUUGGAGGGCGAGGCUCCUGCCACUACUGGCUGCUACAAACAAUAUGAGCACGCCAUCACCAAUAAGGUCCCACAGAGUACUGACCCUUCUCAGUUUCAGAACAGCCCUAAGAAAGAGCGACGCUAUUCAAACGAGGGACCCGACACGCCUGAGAAACGUUUGCUCAUAAAUCCUGAGCCUACACCAGAAAAGAAGACGGCUGACAAACAGCUUGACUUGGAUCAGCUGCCUUCUGAGUUUGAAUGUUGUUUUUGCACGUUUAAGGGUUACAAGGAGUUCAUAGAUGCAGAACAGCUGAUGCCCAUGUCGACAUCAGAUCUUCGACAGCCAGUGUGCGUGGAACUGGCUUGCCUACAGAGGCAUCCUGCACCGAAAGCUCUACCCGAGGCUACCCCCAACAGUCUUGAUAGUCCUGAUACAUUUGCAUCAUGCCUUACGCACCCUUUUCCUUCAGAGGGCGACAUCGCAUGCGAGAUCGACUCGUCAAACUUGUAUGUGAAUCCUCUGGAUGGUAGCGGAGGAGGCGGCAAUGGUGGGAGCGGGGGAGGGGUAUCCACAGAGUUUAAUAGUGUGCGCAAGAGUGCCUCUGGGGAUGGGAGCGUAUUGUGUAAAGGUUCCCAGGGCGAAGAAUCGCCGCUAGGUUCGCGGGCUAGCCUUGCGGUGGCAGGUGCGGGAGCGAUUGUGCCCGUCGGAGCCGGAGUUCUGUCGAGAGCGCAGGACGCGUCUCGAACCAGUCUGCCUCAGACGUUAGAGGACCUACCCACCGCCUCAGGGAUCCCGCCAGAUGACAUCAAGCCGAAACACAGAAAAGCUCGAUUUCAACAGGAAUGGUCGGAGGAAGAGAAGAGACCACCGAGGGGUAUAGCAACGAGGAUUAUCAACCACCACAUCCUAUUUGGUAAGAAUGGCAAUAAAAGAGGAAGCGGCUGGCCAUUGGAAGGUGACUCACGCUCGCGGUCGAUCCUUAAGAAUAAAGAGUCGCGCGGGACCGACAGCGAGCUAUUGCUGCAGGAGACCACCUCGCUUGGUGCUAACGGUGACUCCGGCAGCGAAUCCUCGCCAAUUAGACUGAAGGACUUCAAAGGUCAAAAUCACAAGGGCAGUGCUCAAGAGCGCGACAAUCUCGUUACGUAGACUAAUCUUGAUUGGAUAAGUAGGUGAAUGCGAUAUCAUCAAGUAGUAUAGUUAUACAUACGUUUCGGCCCAUUGUACGCGAUACUCUCAUAAGUACAUUAAUAAUAAUUAGAACGCAAUAACAUUAUAAAAUAUAUAUAAACAAAUAAUUUUAACAUAUCAUUGGGCGAUUGUGACUGCUUGUUGAAUAUAGAAUUUCAUUUUGUAGGGGUUCUAAAUAAUGUAAAAAAAAUAUUACGUAACGUAAUAAUCGUUCAUUCCAAUCGAAAAGUUGAAGGUACCUAUUUGUUAAGUUUUUUACGUGCAAUUAUUAAUUGCUAAUUCUAAUUUAAGCGAUAUAUAGUUUGUACAGCAUAGUUGAUGAAAAUGAAGCAAUUAUUAAAAAUAAAGAUUUU